UAAUUUCAUUGAGCGCCUCUUCUAUUAUUGCAGCUACAUUUUCAGAAAAUCUGCUGAUUUAAGUUUUGUGGAGACAUGUGUUAAAAACGUUUGAAGAAAACGGUUGUUGAUUGGGGGCAAAUAACGAAUGGUAUCCGACAAGCGGCCGGAAGAGAGACGUGCGCACGCAGUGGAGAAUUCUUUCAUUCUGUUCUGUUGCCUGUCAAAGUACUGGCCUUUAUUUUCCAUAAUUAUUGGAAGAAUCCCGAAAAUUGAGAAUUUUCAUCUAAAUUUAAGUGCUAGUUUUGAUUAAAACAAAAUGCCGAAGAAUAAAGGAAAAGGAGGUAAGAAUCGUAGGAGAGGAAAGAACGAAAAUGAAACUGAAAAACGUGAAUUGGUUUUCAAAGAAGACGGUCAGGAAUAUGCACAAGUUACAAAAAUGUUGGGAAACGGUAGGCUGGAAGCUAUGUGCUUUGAUGGCGUGAAGAGGUUAUGUCAUAUUCGUGGAAAACUUAGAAAGAAGGUUUGGAUAAACCAAGGCGACAUAAUUCUCAUAGGUUUACGUGAUUACCAAGAUGCCAAAGCGGACGUUAUUUUGAAAUACACGCCGGACGAAGCGCGUAACUUGAAAACGUACGGGGAAUUCCCAGAAUCGGUUAGAAUUAAUGAAACCGUCACGUUCGUGGAAGAAGGUUUCGACGAAGAUAUCGAAUUCGGCGACGACAUUAGUUCGGCGGACGAGGCCGACCCUGUAGACGGCAUCUGAUGACAUAGCGAUUCGUACCUCUGCCUCCUCAUACCGAUAAAAAUAUUUAGGAAAAACAAUCAUGUUCAUUAAUAUCUAAUGAUUGAAUUUAAUAAAGCUACUAUCAAGUUACAAACUGUGAAUUUUUUGUGUCCAGAAUUGAAUUAAUAUUAUUGUUAUAUUUCUGUGAGAAUGUCUCAAAUAGGAAUAUUACUCUAGGAUAUAGAAUGAUUGUUAUAUAUGUGUAAUAUUUUGUACAAUUCGAUUUUUCUGUUUUUUCUUUUUUAAAGGCGACAAAAAAACUGUAAAAGCGUUAAUAAAUCGCAG